AGAGGCAGUGACAUAGAGACCUCGUAGGCUGAGAUACGGGAGGAGCGGGGAUUGUACACAUUAGGGCUCUAGGCACCACGGGCACUGCAGUAUUUUUUUAAUUUUCGUAUUUAUUUCGUUUUGUUUUCCUUUUAGCAAAUUAGCAGUAGGGAGUUUACGAUUUGUGAACCGCGAAGCGCUAUCUAACGGUUCAGAGGGCUGCUAUUGACGUCGCUUUUCCUGUCACCUCGGUAUCUGUGAGGAAGAGCUCGCCCGCCAGUAACUGCAUUUAUUCAGUGGAGGGGACCAGAUAGGUUACAGAAUAGGGCUUGUGUAUCCACUUUAACCUGUUUCCUGGAUUUUGCAUACUGUAGGGUUUGUGGAUGCACUUAGAUGUUUGCAAUGAGCACUGUGGCUGGCAUGCCCCAGUGUUUUGGAUCCCGAUGCAGAGGACUCCGUAGUAAUCGAAUUUAUCAGAAACGAACGUCAUGAGCAUUGUGGUCCCGUUGCGGAUUGAGACAGCAGAAACUCCAUAUUUGGAAAUGGCUGCAGGCUCAGAACCAGAAUCUGUAGAAGCUAGCCCUGUGGUGGUUGAGAAGUCAAACAGUUAUCCACACCAGUUAUAUACCAGCAGUUCUCACCAUGCGCACAGUUAUAUUGGUUUGCCUUAUGCGGAUCACAAUUAUGGUGCUCGGCCUCCACCAACACCUCCAGCAUCUCCUCCUCCUGUACUUAUUAAAAAUGAAGUGAGCAUUUUUACUACUCCUAAUUUUGAUGAAACCUCCAGUGCUACAACCAUCAGCACUUCUGAGGAUGGAAGCUACGGCACUGACAUCACUCGAUGUAUAUGUGGUUUUACCCAUGAUGAUGGGUACAUGAUUUGUUGUGAUAAAUGCAGUGUCUGGCAACAUAUUGACUGCAUGGGAAUCGACAGACAAAAUAUUCCAGAUAUCUACUUGUGUGAACGUUGUCAGCCACGGGUUUUAGACAAAGAGAGAGCAAUUUUGCUUCAGCAAAGAAAGAAAGAGCACUUGUCAGAUGAUCUUCAAACCUGCUACAAUGGUAGAGGCAACAACGGAAGCCUUUUAUCUGAUGGCGACACCAGUGCUACAGAAAGUUGUGAUGAAGUUCCUGUGGAGCUGUAUACUGCUUUCCAGCACACUCCUACCACACUUACGCUGACUGCCACUAGAGUAACUAAGGUGAAUGACAAAAAAAGGAAGAGAAGUGGUGAGAAGGAGCAGAAUACCGCAAAGUCCAAGAAGGCCUUCCGUGAAGGAUCUAGAAAGUCAUCCCGUGUUAAGGGCUCUGCUCCUGAAAUUGAACCAUCUGAUAAUUCUGCGUAUGGAUGGGAGAGUAAGAUCAAAGCCUGGAUGGACCACUAUGAGGAAGCAAACAACAACCAGUACAGUGAGGGCGUUCAAAGGGAAGCACAGAGGAUUGCUCUAAGACUUAGCUGUGACAGUGACAAGGAGCAUAUGGUGAAGUCUAACUUCAGCACCAGCAGUCUAAUCUUUAAGCCACCGGUAGAGAGUCAUUUGCAGAAGAACAAAAAAAUUCUGAAAGCUGCCAAAGAUCUCCUUCCUGAAACACUGAUUAUAGAAUACAGGGGAAAGUUCAUGCUUCGAGAACAAUUUGAGGCAAAUGGAUAUUUCUUUAAGAGGCCAUACCCAUUUGUUUUAUUUUAUUCAAAAUUUCAUGGAUUAGAAAUGUGCGUUGAUGCAAGGACUUUUGGCAAUGAAGCACGAUUCAUAAGGCGUUCAUGUACUCCUAAUGCUGAGGUGCGACAUAUUAUUGAAGAAGGAACAGUCCACCUGUAUAUUUACUCUGUGUUAAGCAUUCCAAAAGGAACAGAGAUCACUAUUGCUUUUGAUUUUGAUUACACAAAUUGUAAAUACAAGGUGGAUUGUGCAUGUCUCAAAGAAAAUCCAGAGUGCCCUGUUCUCAGAUGCAGCUCAGAACCAACUGAAAAUCUCAACAGCGGUUAUGAAACGAGGAGGAAAAAGGGGAAGAAAGAAAAGGAGCUUUCUAGAGAAAAGGAAUCUCAAAAUCAGAACCUCGUUUUGGACUCGGAUGGAGCAGUCAGCAAACUGAAAUCGCCUGAUAAGCAGAGGAAGCUCUCCCCACUUAGGCUGUCAAUAUCCAAUAACCAGGAGCCAGAUUAUAUUGAUGAUAUAGAAGAAAAAAACCCUAUUAGCAAUGAAGUAGAAAUGGAAUCAGAGGAGCAGAUUGCAGAAAGGAAAAGGAAGAUGACGAGAGAAGAAAGAAAAAUGGAAGCAAUCCUUCAGGCUUUUGCAAGACUGGAAAAGAGAGAGAAAAGGAGAGAGCAGGCAUUAGAAAGAAUUGGCACAGUUAAACCGGAUGUCAAAACUGAAGCCAAGGAUGCACAGGUCCUCAGUGAAACUGAACUUCCCCAGGUGAGUUUGCAGGAACCUGUGAAAGAGGAACCUGUCAACAAGCCUACACCUGCCAAAAUAAAUCGUACCAAGCAAAGGAAAAGUUUUACUAGAAGCAGAACUCAUAUUGGACAACAGCGUAGACGUCACAGAACAGUUAGCACAUGCUCAGAUGUCCAACCGUCUUCUCCAGAUGUUGAAGUUGCUCCCCAGCAAAUUGAACCGGAGACUGAUGUUCUUCCAGAAGAGCCCAACAAUGAAAAUGUUGCUGCGCCUGUUGAAGCUGAAGAUGUUCCGGAGAUUGAGUCCACAGCACCUAACAAAUGUUCUGUUAAAUACCCUAAAACAAAAAAGUCUUGCGUAGGCACUUGUGUGGCACUUCAAAAAUGGAAGGACACUCUUGUUACACACUUGGUCAAUGAAUGGCUAAAUGAAAAACAUGAAAAGCCAGGGAAACCUGGUGAGGUGUUCCACGAACGACCGCUGCGUAUUACCACUGACCCAGAAGUUCUUGCAACACAGCUGAAUUCACUACCAGGCCUCAUCUACAGUCCCCAUGUGUACACCACUCCAAAGCACUAUAUCCGCUUUACAUCUCCAUUCCUUUCAGAGAAGAAAAAGAAAAAGGAGGAUGAAAAUGUUUCCAGCUGUUGCAAAAAGCGGUGGUUAAAGCAAGCUUUGGAAGAAGAACAUUCGGCUCCAUUUAAUCCAUUUGACUCUCCUGCACAAGAAAGAUCUCAAACCCCUCCUAUAUUUAAUGAAGACAAGUGCCAUUUAGUAAUGAAUGGCAGCUGUCCUCUAGCAGAUCUAACAACUCCCUUGAAAAAACGAAGAUUGUUUCAUUUGUUGGACUGUGCUUAUUCAGAAAAUUCUACUCCUACCACAUCUCCUUAUGCUACUCCUACACAUACAGAUAUUGCCUCUACGGAUACGUCCUUGUUUGCCACUCCGCCCAGAGUGAAAGUGGAGGAUGAAACCUGUCGCAGUGUUUGCAAACAGAUCUAUUCGCCGGUCACUCCUGUAACUCCUUGCAUCCGGGGAAAUAACUUGCAUUUUGAGAGCAUUUCGUCGCCUGAGAGUUCACCCGAAGUAAAUAGAAGAAACUGUGGUCAGGAGAUUAAUGAAAGAGCAUCUGCAGGUCUGGUGGUAAAUUCCUUCAGGAAUUCUAAUCUGUCUGAAAUAGGACUACAAGAAAUAAAGACUGUUGGCUAUUCUAGCCCAAGAAAUAGGACAGAUGCAAACCGACAAUGCCCUACAGAAAAUGACACUGCACCAGACCUUAACCCAGGGCUGGAAACAAGUGAGCAGAACACGGUGCAAAAAAACAUGGAGUCCGUGUCGCAGGAUAGGACUGAUUCAAACAGCCAGCAGGAAACUGCUCUCUGCACUCGAGGCACCAUUUAUCCAACUUGGAUUAAAAGCCCAGAUAGAACAGGUGUGAAUUUCUCACCAGUAAAUUCUAAUUUAAGAGACCUGACACCAUCGCACCAGUUAGAAGUUGGUGGUGGUUUCCGAAUGAAUGAGUCAAAGUGUCUGAUUCAAGAAGACUCAAGAGGCAUGUUUUUAGAUGCUUCCGUUUAUUCAGAAGAGACACUUCUAUCUGGUUUUGGAAGGACACUCAGUGUUGAUGGCGUUCUGGAUGGCAAUGGAACACAGCUUAAUCCCCCUCAAAAGAAAAAGGUAUCUUUGCUAGAAUAUCGUAAAAGACAAAGAGAAGCAAGAAAAAGUGGCUCAAAACCCGACAAUUUAUUGCUGGGAACUCUGUCCCCCCAUCCUGAUGGGAUUGGAGGUCUAGCUGCUAGCUGUGUUGCUUCUGAAAAUUGCAGCAGCACUGCAGAGGUUAUUGAGCAGUCUGAAAACGAUGCUGGUUUAGCAUUACCGCUGCUUUCUGAAGCCCAAACGUCCCCUGCAGAGGAUAUGGAGCAAAAUUCUCCAGCAACAGACGCCACCUCUAGUGAAAAAAAUGAUCCAGAGGUUCCGUGGACUGCUUCAACAUCGGUGGAACAAGUUCGAGAAAGAAGCUAUCAUAGAGCCUUGCUGUUGAGUGACCACAGAAAGGACAAGGAUACUGAUGCUGACCCAGAAAACGGGGAAAGUGGAAAUCCAAAGGAAUGCCAGUCUCCUGAUAACCGAGAAAAGGACUGUAGAAGUCCUCAACAGAAAAAGGAUUGCUCUACACCAUCCUAUGGCAAGGCUACUUUAAAGCCGGAACCACCUCAAGAACCUAUGAACACUCUGGUAAAUGAAACUGUAAACCAGUCUAAUCAUGACCAGAAACAGAUUGCACUUUCCAAGUCUCACCUUUCUCAACCUCAUUCACAGAAGCUGCCUUCUACACCUUUAAAGUUGCAUUGUCCUUCUUCUCCACAUCUUGAACAUCCUCCAAAGUCAUCAACCCCUCACACCCCAGUGCAGCAUGGCUAUUUGUCACCAAAGCCUCACUCACAACAGUUAGGGUCUCCUUAUAGGCCUCAUCAGACACAUCAGGUUGGAACACCACAAAGAGAAUCCCAUGUAAACUUUUAUCCAACGCAAAAUCUACAAUCCUCUGCUAAUCCCCAGCCAGCAAGUGGGCAAAUUUUUUCCCAGGCACAACCUGGGCAGUGCUCAACGGUUUAUGCUCCCUUUAACCAACAGACUGGAAACAACUCUGCUCCACCUCCUCCACCCCCUCCUCCUACACCAAACUAUUAUCAAAACCAGCAACCCACUGUAAGCUUUCAGAAUUACAGUCAAAUAAAAGGAAGUAUUCCACAGCAGGCUGUGUUUACACCUUGCUCUAGCCAAGGCCAUCCUACUAACACAGGGCAACCAGCAAUUCAAGGACACCAUGUGAAUUCAGGACAUUACCUGCCUUCUCAGAGUUCCACUGUGCAUAUCCAGCCUGCACCAACAGGAGUGCCACCGCCUCCACCACCACCGCCGCCACCACCAGGCUGUCACCAACAGCACCCUGUUCCACAUGUGACAGGGUCAGUUCAUGCAGUACCAGUUGCCAGUGGCACACUUAUUCAUCCUCAAAAUUCCAGUCAUCAUUUACCACCACCACCCCCUCCCCCACCUGGUCCCAGUCCCCAUCACCCACACUUGCAACAUGUAACCGCCGGGCAUCAAAGCCUCCAGCCGCAACACCAGCACGCUAUAAAUGCAGCUCCUCCUCCGCCCCCGCCUCCUCCGCCCCCGCCACCUCAGGCAGUAACUGUUUUAGGUGGAUCUGGACAUCAUUCUGCAUCAGCACAAGGAUUGCACAUACAGACUCAUCAAGGGCCUCCUAUUUUCUCUUCGGGGGCUCAUCCUGGUGUUGCAUCAUACGCUGCACAGGCUACCCAUCAUAACCCAGUAGGACCUGUAUCACAACACCAACCUUCUACAGCAGGACCACACCACCCACUUUCUGGCCAGAGCCCUCAUAUCCAGCCACAAGGACCAAAUAGUAUUGCAAACUCUUCUGGAUUCUGUCCUCAUCCUGGGUCUGUUAACAUUCCCCAUGGGGGGCAAGGAUCUCAACAGGCAUCGGCAGUGCCUGGGCAGAUACCUACUCACAGACCACAGGUGCCACCAAAUUUCCAAAACAAUUACCAUGGCUCAGGCUGGCAUUAGAAUUUGGACUCUUUACACGUAAAACAUUUUUAAAAUGUUAUGUAAAUUAACCUGUAUAUUUUAUAUGUACCUUAUAAAGGUACUUUUUAAAGCCUGUACAUGAAACUUUGUAAAUUCGAACUCCAGUGCUCGUUCAUUGUGUUACUUUCUUUUUGUCUAAAAACGAUGUGCUUCUAAGCCAGUAUUGAGUCUUUAUAGUAAGUAAACAUUCCAGUUUAUUUUUGUUUUGCUAUUUUUUUUAAUGCAGCGUAGAGAACGCUGCACAACAUGUACAUUUACUUGUUGUAGUUGAAAUCAUUUAGUGAAUGUUUUCUAUUGUCAGUUUUUUAUACAUGUGGUUGCUGGCACUAACAGUUUUUAGAAUUUAUUUUCUUUUUGUGUUGUGUGUGCAGAUAGAUAAACAUAACGCAGGUUUCAAUGUUACAUUGCUCCUUUCAUUGGUUACUUACAGACUUGUAAUUUAAUGUAUAGUUCUUUUAAACUUCUUGAGAAGUUCUGUAAAUACUGUAUCUUGCUUGUAUAUGGCUUAAAGCUUCCUCAUUUGAUAAAACAUUGUACAUAGGUUUUGUUUUUCAGAAAAAUGUAUGAUGCUUGUGGAAGUAGUACAGUAUAUGACAUUUAAUAUUUGUAAUAUACUGUCACAUUGCAGCACUGGUUGGGCAUUUUAAUUCAUGUUAAUAAAUCACAAUUAUGUCAGUUUUAUCAGGUUAGUCCUUUCAUACAUUUUACAAAACUUGAUGCAGAUACAGCACUUAAAUUGUACAUUAAAUGAGUUGUCAGCACUUUUUUCCUGACUUACAAAGCA